UGGCAGGUACCCAAGUGCAGUGAAUGUCGGCUGCUAGAAAGGAAGCAAAUGGUUUCGGAGCGCAGCUUCUGCCUGUGGAGUAAAUAAAAUCGGGAUAUUUUCUUAAAAGGGUGCAGUUACGAUGCAUCUUCCGGCUGUCGAGUAAAUAACAUUCAGAAUAUUUUAUGAAAGGAAUUGCGAGGCUGCCACAUGCAGGUGGAAGGACGGCUUUAUUCACUCAAGAGCAAGAGGCCGUUAUAGUGGGCAUGGUCCUUCAAGAUAAUGUAAUACGACUCAGAGAAAUCCAGGAACGAGUGAUACAAGACAACACACACUUCCAGGGAAUCAACAGUGUGUGCAUUUCUACAGUUGACCGUGUCCUCCAUCGUAACAGGAUGCGAAUGAAACAAGUAUACAAAGUACCCUUUGAGCACAACUCACCAAGGGUGAAAGAACUGCGAGCUCAGUAUGUGCAAAAUAUUUCUACUAACUGAGAAGGAUGGAGAAGAGAGUAAAUGUCUUUCAAGCCCAGCCACCUAAGACUACUGAAGAUCAAUCGGUUUCUCCUGUUGUAACAGCUACCUGCAAGUCUGAGAACUUACAUAAAAUUCAGCUCCCCAAAGUGUUUAACACAUUUCAGAAAGGAGAACCUUGUAUAUUGGGGAUAUUACAGUUGACAUCUGGCAUAGUUAACAUAGUGUUUGGUUUUAUUUCUGUCUUAUCACCAUAUACUUUGGCAGAACUUGCACUUCCUUUUUGGACAGGUUUGCUGUACAUAGUUUCUGGAUCCCUGACUAUUGAGGCUGGCAAGAAUCCAAAGGCAUCACUGAUGAGGGCCAUGUUAAUCAUGAAUAUCAUCAGUACUGUUGCAGCUGUGAUUGGAAUAUCUAUGUAUUCCUUCAUUUUAGUUCUUCAGAUUUAUACCAGUGUGUGUUCAGAAUACGAUGAUUUAACUAAUUCUGAUUUUAUACAAUGCAAGUUUGAGGAAAUUCAUAUUGGGAUAAUUGCUUUGAUGUUAAUUUUCACAAUUUUAGAGUCCUUUGUGUCCAUCAUCACAUCCAGUUUUGGGUGCAGAUUUUUAUGUUGCUAUAAUUUGCCAGUGAUCAUUAUCCAGCAACAUUUGACUGAAGAUUCGGUGCCUGAUAUCUAAAUGCCAAAAGUAUAAGGAAGACCAUUUGGAAUCUAUGCAUUUGUUUUAUUUUGCCUCAUUGUCACCUUCUGGCUGGCAUGUUUUUAUUUCUGAAAAAAAAAUCAUUUAUGAGGAGCAUAUUAAAGAGAUGAAAGUUAAUUAUUUUGGAAGGCUUAUUUUUUGCAUUGUAUAAUUAACUCCAUAUUUGUUUUAAUAAAAAAGAGAGCUGCACUUGAUGUAUGUAAGGUUUUAACAGGAUACAUGUAAAUAGAAAACUUUCCUCUAGCAAAGCUUGCUUUUAAGAAGGAAAUGUUAUGUAACUAAACCAAAUGUAACACUGAAUAUUAUGCAUUGCUAACAAAAAGGUAAUGCAUCUAAUAACAGUAUUGCUUGAUUGCAGAUUCAUUCACAUGGUAAUUUUAUUCCAGAAUAUAAUUUGGACAGACUUCUGAUUAUGAUUUAUGAAAAAACUGCAUUUUUAUCAGAUAACUGAUACUCUUUAGUUGACUAUAUGGCAGUUUCUCUACUUUUUGCUUUUUAUUAAGCAAUGUGGAAACAGGUCUCUAUUAUAAUUUGUAUUUCUGUCAUCUUUUCAGCUAACCUUUCCAAACACACUUACUUAUAGGUCACAUUUUUCCCAUAUAAUAUAAAAUUCAUUCAACAAUACACAUAUUUUUACUGUACUAAUAAAUAGACCUGCUGAAAGCAUACUUUUAUAGUCUUCCCUAUUUGGUAUUAUUUAUUUAAGUUGUUGUUAGCUCUGCUGUUUUAUAGCUCCAGAAUCCUAUGUGUGAAUCCUGUGUCUGCCUAGGAGCGGUUUGUACAUUGUCCUGGUGUCCACAUAGGUAAUCUACAGGGGCUCUGGCUUUCAGUAAAAAAAAAGGUCUGGUUUUGUUAACUGACAGUUUGAGAUUAACUGGAUUUGUGGGGAAUAUGACAGUAAUGGUUUUAGUGAUGUCAGGAUAGUUGUGACUCCCUUUGACCCCAAGCUAGGUAAUCUGGUUAAAAAUGGAUCAGUGGAUAUUUUUAAUGAAAGAGCUGUAUUUUCAGCUUAUAAUAUUUCUAAGAAAGUGAGUCACUAUUUUGAGUACAGUUGGGGUAUUCAAACAUUAGCUGUUAAAAAUUGUUUUUAAUAAAUCAAAAUAGCUAAAAAUGAUGAAAGUCAUACUUUUAUUAUUAAAAAAAAUAAUAGAGACACACUUUGUAUGGCUUUUUAUUGAGAAAAUAUAAACGGAACAAAAAUUAGCACUCAAAUUGAACUUGGUUAUACACAUUUUAAAAGGGAAAACCACCUUUUUGUAAACAUGAAUUACUGUAUCAUGCUGCAUAUUUCUAGUUGAAAUGGAAACUUUUGUUUUCAAGAUUCACCAUAGGCUUUCAGUGGGAUUCAUGCAAAAGGAAAGGAUAGUCUUAGGGCUGGUACAUCGAUUGUAAUACCACUCUGGGAUGUGAGAGGGUUGCUGUCAUUUGAAAAUUCCCCUCUACAGACCAGUUGAUCCAAGAGUUAAGGCAACUGUAGACACAUGUGGAAAAAUACAAGACAGCUUGGUCAAUGUGGUGUACGUGACAAGGGCCAUGCAGACCCUGCUUGCCCAUGGUGUAUGUAACAGAAAGCAUGUUCUAUGGUGUAUGUGGCAGGAGUCAUGCAGAUCCUGCAUGCUUAUAAGUGUACGUGACAAGUGCUACUUCUUGUUUCUGGACGUCUACAUGGAAGGCCAUGGGUGUGACUCAUCGAGCCCCAAACUAAGGAAACUAACAGAUGUACUCCACCUUUUAGGUUUUUGUAGCGCUGAUUCAGGCUAAUGUUUUGAAAUGCUUGUAUAACUAAAGUCAUAAGACAAGAAACCCUAUAAAAAAUCUUGAACACUGACCCCUCGGUGCAGAUAAAGGGCGGUGUCCUAGGACUGUGCUUCUCUGUCAUUUAACCUUUGCCUGGUGUGUAUGAAUAAAAGAUUUUUACUAACUUGAA